AUGUAUUUGGGAACUCGCAUAUUGUCAUUCACGCCGACAAGUGACAAGUCCACUUUACCCGACUUGACGAAACUGCAGAUAUCUGUAAUCACGAAGACGACAUGCAAAAUUCCAGGUCUGCCAAAUGACACUUACGCGAUUCAGAACGAGGCCCAUGCAAAGCUAAUUAACAUGACGAUACCGCCGCCCUCUGCCGGCGAAGAGGGACCGUAUUCACAAUGUACUAUAUACAAGGCUGAGAACAACACAUGGAGUGAUUUUGCUGAAAUCACAAACACAACUCCACAAAUGGCGUGCACGUCGUGGGUGUAUGAUACAACAUCGUUUUACCCAACGGCCAUAACUGAGUUUGAGAUGGUGUGCGGAAACGAGAUCAUGCGAUCUCACUCCAACAUGGUCGGGUUCGGAGGAGCUCUCGCUGGUGCGCUGGUAUUGGGACUUCUCACAGACGUAAUAGGUAGGAAGAAGACACUCUUGAUUUCCUUGGUGAUCCAGCUUGGUAGUGGUAUCGGAAUUGCUUACUCACCAAACUACAUCUCAUUUGUGGUUUUCAAUUUUCUGUGCGGAAUCGCUAGAAUGGGAGAAUUCAUGAUCGCAUUUGUUAUUGGUAUGGAACUGGUGGGCCCUACAAAGCGAACAUACGUUGGGCUGGUCAUAGAAUUUUUCUGGUGUAUAGGAUUGAUCAUUCUGGCAGGAGUGGCCUACCUCAUCCGGGACUGGCGUUACCUUCAGCUGUCCUUGACCCUACCUGUCGUAUUUUUCUUCGCAUAUUGGUGGUUACUGCCAGAAUCUCCACGGUGGCUUCUUUCACGCGGUCGACUGGACGAAGCUGAAGUAAUCAUCAAAAGGAUUGCCAAGUCUAAUGGCGUCACAAUGAGAAAAAGUAUCAUGAGGGACAUAACUCUGCAUGAAGGACCGCACGCCAAGAUAACAGCCAUGUUUACCUCCCCUGUUCUUCUGCUUAGAUGUGUUAUCAUUUUUUUCAACUGGUUGGCUAUUAACAUCAUAUACUAUGGACUCGGCCUUAACGUUAGCAACCUCAGCGGCAACGUGUACCUCAACUUCGUCAUCUCCAGCCUUGUAGAGCUGGUUGCUUAUAUCAUCCUGAUAUUCAUAAUGGACAAGACAGGACGAAAGAAACUUUACCUGGUUUCAAUGCUGCUUGGAGGCAUUGCUUGUCUGGCAACCGUCUUCCCAGUGAUGUAUGGCACCAAAGCACACACGUGGGUGACUGUUACCCUGUCGAUGGUGGGAAAGUUCGGAGCCUCCGCUGCUUUUGGUGUGAUCUACGUCUUCUCUGCGGAAUUGUUUCCUACGGUUAUACGUCAGUCGGGCAUAGGGGCGUGUUCCAUCUUCGAAGGAAUUGGAGGAAUGGUUGCACCAUACAUUGCAGACUUGGGUAUUCUUCUAGGCGGUCAUUUUGCCUCAAUACUACCGCUGAUCGUGUUCGGGGGUGUCACGGUGGUUGCAGGUUUGACGUCACUUGGUCUACCGGAAACCCAAAAUAAGAAGUUGCCAGAGACAAUAGAGGACGCCAUAGAAUUUGGAAGACCUGGAUAUGACAAGAAAGAGGAGAGUCUCUUGGACCCAAAGUCUCAAUCUGAUGGUCGCAGUAAACUGACGUACGGUGUAGACGAUGUUCGAAAAACUGGCUGGAUUUCACACCAGGACACGUCGCAAUUUUAGAAGACGAGAGACGGAUAUUUCACACAAAUCAAUUAAGCUACGUUUCCGUACUUACGCUUUCUGUGAAGCCCCGAAUCCGUAUCCGUAUUGAUCGUCUUCAUAUCCGUGCGUGUAUACCCAUCCAUGAAGACAAAAUGACAAGUUAAGUUCGAAAGGACACGGUCAGGACAUCAAGUCAGUUUAGAUGUUGAUGAUGAUGCUUUCUUCCGUAUGACGUCAUUUCAUGUGGGAUUCCGCGCUCCCGUGAUCCGCGAAUUCGUAAAAACUCGAUCAAAAAGUGAUUCCAAAUUCACGUUCAGGCACGGUUCGCGGAAAGCAUUGAAACACAAACAUGGUAGAAACAUUAUUUCGAUAAUUUUUAAAUUUACGUAUUCACGGAUUCACGGAAAACGGACAAGAAUAAACGUAUGUAUGGAAACGUAGCUUUAGAUAACGAAAUCUGUCUGAAAGCUGUUUAUUCUUUCUGCUUUCCUCUUCGACGCUGUAAAUAUUGCAUUUCCGGA